GAUAGAGAGAGAGACACAGAGAGAGAGAAAGAGCCCUAUAUAAUCCAACCUCAACCUCUAAAGAGCCAGAAAAGUAUACGUAAUCCAAUUAAAUCAAAACCGAACCGAAAAGCAGCAAAAAAAAUCAACACGUUUAAUACAACAAAUCAAAUAAUAAAUUGCAACAAUCAACUUUAAAUAGAAGAGAGCAAAUCAGUUAAACGCAUCAAAAUGGCGACCGUUAAUGUUAAUCGCAGCGUCACGGACAUCUUCUAUCGCUAUAAGAUGCCCCGUCUUCAGGCCAAGGUCGAGGGCAAGGGCAAUGGCAUCAAGACCGUCCUGGUCAACAUGGCCGAAGUGGCACGCGCCAUCGGCCGUCCUGCCACCUAUCCGACCAAAUACUUUGGCUGCGAAUUGGGCGCCCAAACGCAAUUCGAUCAUAAGAACGAGCGUUUUAUUGUGAACGGUUCGCAUGAUGUGAACAAGCUGCAGGAUCUACUUGAUGGCUUUAUACGCAAAUUUGUGCUGUGUCCGGAAUGCGAUAAUCCGGAAACCGAUUUGACUGUUUCGGCCAAGAAUCAAACCAUCUCGCAGUCAUGCAAGGCUUGUGGUUUCCAUGGCCUACUUAAAGUCAAUCAUAAGGUCAAUACGUAUAUUGUUAAAAAUCCACCAUCCCUUAAUCCGGCUGCCCAGGGCUCCUCCCUUACCGAGGGCAAACGUUCAAAGCGUGUCCAGAAGCAAAAGCACGAAAAUUCCGAUGGCUCCAUGUCCAACAAUUCGAUGGCCAAUAAUUCUGGCGGUGAAUCCGAUGGCGGCAAUGGCACCAAUCACGCCAGUCAGACGGAGGCUGAGAUCAGUGCUGCCAUACCAGAGAAGAGCAUUACCGAGGAUGACGAUGAUGGCUGGAGUGUGGAUGUUUCCAAGGAGGCGAUUCGAGCACGUCUACAAGAUCUAACCGAUGGCGCCAAGGGUAUGACUAUUUCGGAUGAUUACGACAAGACGGAAAAGGAGCGCAUUGACAUCUUCUAUGAGCUGGUGAAGAACAAGCGUGACAAGAAGCAGUUGGACGAUGUGCCAACCCACAAGGAGCUGCUGAUGGAGGCCGAACGUCUGGAUAUUGUGAACAAGGCACCCUUGGUGCUGGCCGAGCUCCUCUUCACCGAGAACAUCAUCAAUGAUGUGCGCAAGAAUCGAAUUCUGUUGUUGCGCUUCACACACAACAAUCCAAAGGGUCAGCGGUAUUUGAUCGGUGGCAUUGAGCAGACAGUUGAGUUGCAUGAGAAGACGUUGAUGAGCAAGGUGGCUGGCAUCUUUAAGAUCUUCUACGAUUUGGAUAUACUUGACGAGAAGGUGAUACUCGAUUGGGCACAGAAAGUGAGCAAACGUCAUGUGUCGAAAAAGGUGGCCACUGAGAUCCAUGAGAAGGUUGAACCGUUUGUCCAAUGGCUGAAGGAUGCCGAGGAGGAGGAUUCCUCAUCCGAUGAUGAUGAGAAUGGUGGCGGUGAUUCAGAUGUUGAGAUCGAGUACGAUGAUCGUGCUCGCGUCGAACCAUUAAAGGUGGUUGCCGCAGUCACCGCUGUUGCCGCUGCCAACAAGAAGAACGCCAUGGACGAUGAGGAUGGCGAUGAGAUCGAUAUUGAUGAGAUCUAAAUAUAUCAAUGUAUCGGCAGCUGCAGUUUCUCGAGUCUAUGAUGGAUUUUUGGGGGAAAUUAUGAUGCAUUUAAGCGAGUGCAGUUCGUUCCCCCUAUUUCUUCAUCCAUCCCAUACCAUCCCAUCCUUCUCCUCACUUCGUGGUCGCUUCUUAAACUUUGAUGAAUCGCUUCACGACAUUUCGAUUGUAUAAUUGCAUUAUCUUUACACCCAUUUGUAACAGUAAACACACUAAUUGAAAUUAAAUGCACAUAUUUGAUAUGGCGCUGAGUAAAAAAAAAAUGUUCAACAAUUUUGCAUUAACAACAACAACAACAACAGCAACUACAACUUACAACUACAAACAACCUGUUUUAAUCAAUUCUUCGGCUUUCAAUUGUAGUGUAUUCUUUUAGUCGUUAUCUCGCGGUUUCUUUUGAUUUCACACCCCCCCCAACGUUUUUUUUUCUUCUUCAUUAUUAAACUAAUUUGAUUUUUUUUUUUACAUGUUUUAAAUGUUUAAUUAAUUUUAAGUGCAGUACUUAAGCUAAAUGCAGUAAAUAAUCAGAAAUUAAUUUUGUCUUUUAAAUUACAAUUUUUCAAAUAUUUCAAUAAAUUUACAAUAGCAACAAGAUUUACAAAUGGAUUUUAUGGUAAUUCAACUACAACAACAAUUUUUACAUACAUUUAUUAAAUAUAUAUAUCUAUAUAUAAAUAUACAACAUUAAUAACUUUAACCAAAAUAUGCCUAAAUACAAGAAUUAUAUACAACUAGCUGCAUUUUUAACUAAAAUCACAGCAAACAAAAAAAAA